GAGAGAGAGUCCGUUUGUGUGUGGGUGAGAGAGAGAGAGAGCCCGUUUGUGUGUGGGUGUGUGUAACCGGUGCCGCCAGCCAAAGAGUGACAUGACAAAAUACCUUUACACCUAUUCACCGAUACAAACGAAGUCACCUGAGACUUAUACCUGUAAUAAAUCCUUUUGAUCCGGUAGUAAUGAUUCAGGUCAUUAGUGGAUAAUCUUGUCAACAUCAUUAUCCUGACACUUCCACAGAUCUCGAUUUUUUUCCUCCGUCUUUGCAAUUUACCUGAGUCAUAAUACUUGGUCAUUAACUCCACGUAACUGAAGCUUCAUCAACGUGUAAAGGUGAAAUAAAUAAUAUCAUGAAGGUUGAUGACAAUAAUUUGAUAAAGUGUAUUGGUGAAGUCUCCAUCAUUUAUCCUUCCCGAGUUGAUAUUGAAAUGACUUUUUUUCUCAAGGUUUUACUUCAUUUUGCUAUUGUGGUGUUUUUUACUUGUGUUAUUAAUCUCUCGUGAAGUCAAAAUUAAGCAUCUUUAUUUUUUCCUGGAACAUGUGAAGUGAUUAUACUACUUCAUCAUAUCAAAAGUUCCUUCACAACAUCAAAAGUUUCUUCACAACAUCAAAAGUUCCUUCACAACAUCAAAAGUUCCUUCACAACAUCAAAAGUUUCUUCACAACAUCAAAAGUUUCUUCACAGCAUCGAAAGUCCCUUCAUAACAUCAAAAGUUCCUUCAUAACAUCAAAAGUUCCUUCAUAACAUCAAAAGUUCCUUCACAACAUCAAAAGUUCCUUCAUAACAUCAAAAGUUCCUUCACAACAUCAAAAGUUUUUUCACAACAUCAAAAGUUCCUUCACAAUAUCAAAAGUUUCUUCACAAUAUCAAAAGUUUCUUCACAUCAAAAGUUCCUUCAAAAUGUCAAAAAAGUUCCUUCACAAUAUGGAAAUUUUUCUUGUACUAGAUAUGGAACUUGGUCAAAAACUGUACGGAAAAAAAUCAAUCACGAUCUUAGAAAUUUUCCCCCCUCUGACAUAGUUCUUUUCGCUGUCUAAGACUCUGGUUCUCUUGUCGUUCAUGUCACACAACUACUCCUGGAGAUAAAAUAGUCAUUCCCCUAAAAGAAUGACACAAUCUCCUCUCUUCCAGAAUGACACGAUUUUUUUUCCUCUUCGUCUAGGAAUAAUGGAACAUGAUAUUAUGAUUCUUAUUCUGCCCCGAGAAAAAGCUCCGUACCACAUCCCAGAAGGCAUCACAGUCCGAGAGUAACAGGAAAAGAUAACGAUAAGAGAUAACAAACUGGCCUUAAAUACACAAAAGAGAAAGAUUAACAAGAGAUGAAACUGAUAAGAGAUUUAUGUGUGUGUGUUUUUUUUCUGUGUCAUUAUGAAACACUUACGACGUUUGUCUUCCAAAAGCAAUAAUAUUAUGCAAUUGUGGAUCACGAAAACAGUAAAGGAUGUCCCAUUGUUACUGAGACUGAUGAGUAAACGUGGCACAUUAUCGUGUUCUGUGAUAGUGAAGGUCUGUCUGUCUGUAAACAUAAACGGUGUUAAAUAACUCGAAAAAUAAUAUAUUACUCUUGCGAAUAAUGUGUAUAAUAUCUGUGUCUGGAUUGAGAAUACUUGAAUCUGUGGAGGAAAUAUUUUAAAACGAAAUUUACAGAAGCAGAAAGUGAGCAUCGUAUCUGGUCAAGAGAAACUCACAGUGACUUCAGUUCAAUAAGGGAAAAAAAAGUUUGAGAUGUUUUACGGUGAGGUAAUCAAGACCCGGGAACUGGCCAGACAAAAAUUGAAGCCUGGGAUCGUGGAAACCUAGCGGUGCGGGUGUGUUGUUCUCUGCCUCACUGACCUUAGAUACACUCCUUGACCCAGUGACGUAUACAAGAACAUCCAUCACCUGGGUUGACCUUUAUCAUUCUGUAUAAUAACAAAAACGUGACAAAAUACAUUCUGUGCUGUACCAAACGAUCAUUAUUUCAUCAGUCUUUUAGUGACAGAAAACGUUGGGUGAGAAUUAUUUACCAGGUUAUUUAAGUGUGUCUUGGGAUGAGUUACCAUAGUACCAUUGCCAAGAUCAUCAUCCAUCUCUAACUAAUGUAAUUUAAGUGCAAAUUUACAACUGAGUGCCGUGGAUAUUGGAUGACAGCAACGAGAGAACUAUCAUCUUUAUUUUCAGCUAUCAAACAGUGCCAAGCUUCCUCACCCGUUUGAGCAAUACUUCCGUUAAGAUUUACGAUCGACCAGUAAUGCCAGCAUGUACUACACAGCCUACGGGAACUGGCUAUGAUGUUCUUGUCAUGUGUAAAGCUGGAAACGUCUUGUGAAAUCAUGACACCUCGCCUGGUGGGGGAGAGUGAGAGUCGUGGUUGUCUUAGUGUAAACGAAGGUGUGGGAAGUGAGCCACCUGUGUGACCUCAGACAGUGUUUCGUUCACUAGAAAACCGAGACGUUGGCUAAAUGAAAAUUGGGGGGUUAAGGUGAGACGUCUAGGGAGAGAAAAAAUAUAUUAGAGAUAAAACAAAACAAAAUAGAGAGAAAGAUACAAUUAAGAUAAGAAGUUUCGUAACACACACACACACACAUCAGGUGUAGUAACGUUAAACAGAUGCGCACACAGUUCACUAUGCAACAUUACACACAAAACACAGAUUAUAGAUGACAUGCCACGUGCAUAGAGGACAUAAUGGCGAGAGUUACUGCUGGCAUGAAGUGUGUUGCGUGACGCUGAGGCGGCCACUCAUCCUGCAGACACGCGUGGGUCACUGUACACGCGGGCCUGAGUGUGGACGUCUCCUAGGAUGGUGACUCAGCAUCACCCUCCAUAUGAUGAGGACACUCCAAUUUUAUAGCGGACUACGUCAGUCUGGAAGGACUCUAAACAUACAGGUAUUGGUGUGGGCGUGCUUGUGGGCGUGGGUAGCGUGUGGCGUGGAAGGUGACUGUCCGAAAGAGUGCGAGUGUAAGUGGAAAGACGGGAAAGAAACAGUGGCCUGUCUUGGCGCCGAGCUCAUCGAUAUUCCGCGCAACCUUGACCCGUCCACUCAGGUGCUCGACCUGAAGCACAAUAACCUGCAGAUCCUGCCUCGCGACGCCUUCGUCAACACAGGUCUGGUCAACCUACAGAAGCUCUGGCUCAGUCACUGCAACCUGAAGCACAUGGAACGUGGCUCCUUCAACAUGCUGGCCAAUCUAGUUGAGCUUGACGCGAGUCAUAAUUUACUACGGUCAGUGCCCACCGCAGCGUUCAUUGACAUCUCUGGUCUGCGGGAACUGAGCCUCGCUAACAAUGCUCUCACCAGCAUCCCCGCUGAUGCCUUCGCCCCGACGCCAGACCUCGUGCACCUGGACCUCUCCAGCAACCGGAUACACAGCGUCGACCCGAAGGCUUUUCGGUGUCUCUCUUCCUUGGAAAUCCUCAAAUUAUCCAGCAACAUGUUGGUAAAUUUACUUCAGGAGUUGCUUGUACCACUGAAGGCUCUCCAUGGCCUCAACCUCAACGACAAUCCCUGGAACUGUGAUUGUAGUCUUCGGCCUUUGCGCCAAUGGAUGCUGGAUCACAAGAUUUCCGGCGUUGUACCACCAAACUGCGCUCGUCCUGAGCGACUCAGCGGUAGUGGCUGGCACUCUUUGACCCUGGACGAAUUUGUCUGUGCGCCGCACGCUACUGCCGUAGUUCCGAGGAUCCUGGCUAACCACGGCGACAACGUGUCCCUGGCUUGCCGUAUCGAGAGAGACGUGGAAGCCUCCGUCACUUGGCUAAAUGGAAACCGGCCACUAGAGAAAACCAAAGAAGGUUGGCGCUACCACGUGCUAGAGCUGGUCACAUCCAACACUGCGAUGUUUAUAUCUAACCUGACCAUUGUGGGGGUCAAAACAAAUGACCAAGGUAAAUACAAGUGUCUAGCAGAGAACAAGGCGGGACGAAGUGCAGCCAAUAUGACUCUGAAAGUAUCGAAUGACAUCACGGAGGUACGACUCGUGUCCAUUGAUAAAGCGUAUAUGACCGGAGGCCUCUUGUGUGGUUUAGGUUUUCUGGUCGCAGUCUUGUUGCUCGUCAGCUGCAUCGUACACCGUCGGCAGCGAGUACAAAGGUUUCGUAGACAAGAAGAAGAUCGGGAGGGGAGGCAAAUAGAAGGCAGUUGUACCACCCCAAAACCUAUGGUCACCACGCAGAGGAAACCUUCAGAUUAUCAUGUUAUUCCAUCUGGUGAUUCAGAGGAGCCACCAAUACAUCCGGAACAGACACAGGAACCCUGGCUGUCGCGGGAGGCGGCUAACGGUGGGUAUCCUCGUGCCAGUUACCUGGAUAAUGGAAGAUACGACGACUCCAGCCUGGAAAGAUACAGGGAAGAUGUAAUCGAUGACCUGAGAGAGCAACAAGCUUCUCCCAGCGCGAUGUCCUACGCCGAGCUUCCUUCUACGGAACUUACAAGGAGGAGGAGCGACCUAGGAGACAAAGAGAGCCUCAAGAACCUGGAGUUCGAGACAGACAUCCUUCGGCGUGAGUGUAGCCCCACCGGUUCCACCGUGUCUGUGGUCAGCAACGGCCAGCUCACCGACAUCCUAAAUCGGCCUUAUUCCCGGAGGCUCGACCACCAGGGCUUCCAGUCAUCAGACUUCAACAGCAUCGCUAGAAAACACCGUCCUAUUAUAUGUGAUGACAGAAGGCAUGACCGUCUUCCGUAUGACCCGUGUGCUCUCAACGGCAGGUGCUACAGCGCCCUCAACCUGGCGAUGAGCGAGGCAGCCUCCCACGCCUUCUGCUACCCCAGGGGGAGGCGAGCCAGAACCCGCUAUCCCUCCCUCCCAUCCACGCCCAUGCUAGACGCUGACGACCGCCUCGCCUACGCUCACGAUGCCAGGAGACUGAGGAGGCUUAUGGCUGCUAACAGAGGCGUGUACCGUUCUCUAGAGGGUACGGGAGACCUGUCGAACUCAUAUCGGUACCAGUACCACGCCGCCCAGCUCGAGAACUAUCUGAAGGAGUAUCGGAAUUUACAGAAGCGUUUCUACAGGAUGAAGGAAUCAUGCGACCCCGUCCACAGGGGCGGUUCCGCCUCCAGACUGACAGCAUACGCGGACAAAAUGGAUGGUUCUGGGACACUCUUGGGUGAUCUGGCUGGCAGCCUGUCCCGUGACGUCACCGGCAGCCUUACACGUGAUGUCACGAGCGGAUUCAGUCGUAGUAAUCUGGCCCGUGACCUGACUGGUAGGUUGUCUCGUACUGGCAGCUUGAGUCGUGACGUCAACGGCAGGCUUAGCCGUACUGGUAGCCUCACCCGUGACGUCGCUGGUGCCUUGAGCCGAGCUGGCAGUCUGUCCCAUGACGUCACGAGCAACUUAAGUCGUGACAUCACUGGCAGCCUAGCUCGUGACGUCACAGGAGGUGUGGGCUUAUUCCCGGGUUCCCCCAGCCCGUCGUCGCCACCGUCGCCAUACCUCGACAUGGAGUUUGGUCGCCCUCGUCGCCGCGCUAGAGCCGCCACGGAACCGCUGCUGGACGUUUCCCAAUCUGGAGUCCUGGGACACAGGAAGUCCAGCCUGGGGAUGAUCUCAGGGGCCUCACUUGGACACUCUGAGGUGGUCAGGGAUGUGCUGAAAGGAAGGUCGCGAGGGCCUUCUGAUCCCAUGAUUGACGCCAUGCACAGUCGGUCGUUAGGGACCCCGGAGUCCAUGUUAGACGCUAUGCAAAGUCGAGCGUUUGGCUCGACAGAAACUGUGAGGGACGUAAUGUCAAGUCGGGGUCUCGGUGCCGCUGAGUCCAUGAUGGACGCCAUGUCUGGCCGGACAGCGGAUGCCAUGGUGGAGAUGGGACCUGGGGAGUCACAGCGACAGUCAGAGCCCCUCAGGUCCAUCCUCAAGAACCGGUAUGAGGGCGGCGGCCUCCUGUAUCAGGGGAAGUACUCGAACAGUGCCUACUACGACGACGACGACGACAGGACCACCUACAGCCCUUCAGAAUAUAAAGACUACCUCGACCACGGCUCCUGAGUCACCACCACCACCACACUCUAGCUGUUAUGGAAAGUUAGGAGUAAACUUUUUAUAUUGCCAACUGCUCUUGUUGUCUGUUGUUGUUGUUGAAGUUAGAUGCCUUCUUGAGCUAAAUGCUGUCGUUUUUCCUGUCUUUCUUAACCAUCUCGGCUGUCGACUGUCCUCCCCCCUUGGUGCUACGGUGGUACAUACGUAGGCGUUCUUCAAUACAUAUCUUCAGCACACAUCUUUUCAACCCCCACCCCCUCACCCCCUCACCCC